AAAAGAGGAAAUUUUCAGCGGGUAAGAUUUGGGGUUUAGGGUUUUCUAUUGAUUUUCUAGUUUCUACACUCCUGAUCUUUUUUUGUGUCUACUGUCUCCAUUCAUUUUUCCAUUCUUCUAUUAACAAGUUAUUGAAGGAAUGAGUGAAAACAUGAUUCAUCUCAAAAACAUUGUGCCUGCAGCUCAGAACAACAUAGACACUAAAUUCAUCCUUUUGGACAAAGGGAAAACCACAGUAGAAGGGCAUAAGAAGAUGUGCUUGGCCCUUGUGGCUGAUGAAACUGCAGCUGUUCAUUUUCAGUUUUGGGGAGACGAGUGUGAUGCGUUUGAUUCAGGUGACAUAAUUUGUCUUACCAAUGGCAUAUUUUCAUACCAGCACAGGAACCUUGUACUACGGGCAGGGAAGAGAGGGAAGCUAGUGAAGGUGGGGGAGUUUACUAUGGCCUAUGUUGAGACACCACAUAUGAGUGAGAUUCAUUGGAUUCCUGACCCAAACAAUUCUAAGAAAUAUGUCCAAGAAUAUGUAAUAUCUCCUGUGUCACGCAUUUUUCCUCCUCUUCCUUCUGAUAUGUAAAAGGACUGCAACAAGAUUGACACAGAAUUUGACUUCCUGCUAAUAAAGUGAACAUUUCUGAUAUAUGCAACAAGAUUCCUAAGAGCUAUGUCAAAUGUUGCCACUAAUUUAGUCAAGGUGCUAUCUGAUACAUUCUCUCAUUUCAGAAGUGUUCACGUGCUUGCAUCAUGAACAAAUUUCGGGUUCAAAAUGCUACAAUAAACAAUUGUAGUUUGCAACAAAGCAUCUCCACGAGAUUGAGUGUAGUCCUCAACUCCUCAUUACUUAACUAAUUAUAGCAAUUCUGCAC